AUGACCACCGCUUCCCCUGCCCCGUCGUCCGCUCUCGUCUCUCCUCCUCGCUCAUUGCGGAGCAUGACGUCUUUGAGCAAGACAUCAUCAACAACGACGCGGCCAUCGCCCAGAUGGAACUGGCGUGAGCUUCGCGCAGCCCGCAUCGUGAAGCGGCGCUUUGAGCGCGAGGUCAUUCUCCUCGGCAUCGAGAUUGACAUCGCCUUGGAACGCGAGACCAGGAACAUGGAGUGGCUUGGGUCACUGAGCCAAGAGGAACUCCGUGCCCGCAUCUAUCUCGCCUGGAGGCAGUCUACUCCCAGUAGGCUCGUACGCCAUGGGAGGAAAGACGAAGAGGAGGACGACAACGAUGAUGAAGAAGAACCGCUCCUACCAUCCAUUCACGCACCUGUGACGGGUCUUCCCCCUGGGCGUUCACAUCAAAGUGCAGUCAAAAGGCAGCAGGAUACGGCGGAGUAUUGGAGGAUGUCAGUGACUGAUAUCAUGCAAUGGAAAGAAAAACUUCUUCCUCAAGCAACUCGCAAGCGAGAAGACUCAAUGAAAAAGGUCGCGUCGGCCAGAGAUAGUGCAAUACUGGCGACACUGUGCCAGUGGGGCUGA